AUGCCCAUCAACCAGCCGGCCAACCAGAUCAAGCUCACAAACGUCUCGGUCGUCCGACUCAAGAAGGGAGGCAAGAGAUUCGAGAUUGCUUGCUACAAGAACAAGGUCCGAGAGUGGCGCACGGGAGUGGAGACAGACCUCGAUGAGGUGGUGCAGAUUGAGAACGUCUUCGUCAACGUGUCUAAGGGCCAAGUAGCGCCGCAAGAGGACUUGCAGAAGGCCUUUGGGACUACAGAUCGCGAGAAGAUCACGCUUGAGAUCCUCAAGAAGGGCGAACUCCAAGUAGGCGAAAAAGAGCGCAAUGCCGAACUCAGCUCCCUCUGGCGCGACAUAGCUACUCAAGUAGCCUCACGCUGCGUCGACCCGUCCACCAAGCGACCCUACACGGUAGGCGUAAUAGAAAAGGCCAUGUCCGAGAUCCACUAUUCGGUAAAGACGGGCAAGACAGCGAAAUCCCAAUCCCUCGACGUCAUCAAGUCCAUCCAGGCUGCAAAGACGUUGCCCCUCGAAAGGGCCAGGAUGCGCGUCAGGAUCACUAUGCCGGCAAAGGAGGGCAAGAAGUGCAAGGACAAGGUCAUGCCGAAUGUCGAGAAGGUGGAGGAUGAGGAGUGGGAUGGCGAGGAGUGGGAGCUCAUUGCAACCAUCGAUCCGGGGGCUUUGAAGGUCUUGAAUGAGUUGUUGGAGGUGGAAACAAAGGGAAAGGCGAGGGUGGAGACUUUGAGCUUUGCCACGGUCGGAGAGGGAGAAGACGACCAGGAGGAUUGAGUGAGGCACAGGAAAUACCACGUCAAUCUAGCACAGAGAUUGCAAGGAAGAUGAAGCAUGCGCUUGCGUUGCGUUCUGCUGCGAUCCACUACUUUCCGUUCGCCCACACGACCUCAUCUCUGCAGUCCUUCCAGUAUGACCUCAUCCACCUCCUUGACCCCCUCCCUGACCCUGCCCCCGCGCAACACCUCUCUAGCUCUUCUUCUCUUUACACUUUCCCAUUCACACCUG